AUGGAGGAGCAAGUGCAAUUUCUGAAAGCAAAGGGCAUCCCUGCCGCAUACGCGGGACAAAGCGAGGACAUCGAUGACCAGAUCGCCGCCGGUGAUUUCGCCCAAGUGAGCUCCAACCAGAGCCAUGGGGAGUACCCAGACUGCAGGAGCGAGAGAGACUCAGGGGGGGAGGCGUCUCUCCUUGUCUCUCCACUCGUGGUGGCUGGGAUUGUUAUAGGCCUGGUCCUCUUCCUCUCCUGCAUCACCAUCAUCGUCGGCAGCCUACGCAAGGACAGCCGACUCCGUAACCCGCACCUCCGAGCUAGUUAUGCCCCAGAUGGGUUUUCCUAUGGAGGUUCAUUGGGUGAAUUAAGGUCUACCUGCCUGGAGGACUUUCCUCCCGGUUUAGACUUUGACUCAUACACCGAGACGCUCUCACACGUCAACAACAUGUACCCCGACUCACCGCCAGGCUAUGAUGAGUGUGUCAGUCCUGGUGCAACUGAGAUCUACAUCCCUACUGAUGACCCGCCUCCUUAUUCCCUAUUGGACCCAUGUCAGAGAGGAGCCGAGCGGGAGGUGGAGCCUAGAUUCUCCAGCCCAGACUCUUCUCCCCAUCAUGGAGAGACCUCGGCAAGCGUGUCUUGGUUUUCCCCUGCCCACUACCCAAUGAGACUGCAGGACCUAGAACAGCAGCCAAUCGCAUCCAUUUCCCUACCACUAGAGGCCGCACCUCCUUAUGAGUCUGUGGUGUUGGAGCAGGGACAGCCCCUCCCACUUAUGCCGUGUGACUUUAACAAGCACCAAUCCGAGGGAGGCAACGACGGCAUCGCCCAGCAGCCAGAAGCAAAUCACGUCCUGUAG